AUGUCGCCUUCUGCCAACGGCACGCCCUUCUUCCUACCUGCAGAGCGGGCUCAGGGACUCGCCAACUACCCUCAUGCGCGGAUUGUUCCAGCCUCUCAGAAGACACUGCACGUUUCUGGUACAUCAUCGCGGCGCGGAGACGGUACCUACGCCGGAUGCACCACAGAUGAUGCUGGCAAGCACACGCUGAAUAUCAAAGAGCAGACGAAGGCUGUCCUGGAGAACAUCGAUACUAUUAUCAAAGGGGCAACGAAUGGAGCUGCUGGGAUCGAGAGCGUUGUCGACGCUACCAUCUUUUUGACUGACAUGAAGGAUUACGGUGGAAUGAAUGAGGAGUGGAAUAAGGUGUUCCCGGACAAGACCAAGGCACCGGCUAGGACGUGUGUUCAGGUGGCUGCGCUGCCGAACGUGAGGCUCAACGUUGAGAUCAAGUGCACAGCUCUGUACACUGAAAUUUCAUGA